AUGAGCAGCCUCAUCUUCGUCUACCAGCGGGUAAGGCGGUCAAUCUACAUACCGCUCGCCGUCUUCGUCUUCUUCUGCGUCCUCCUCGCGUCGACAUACCUCGACCCGGGUGCCGCCGUGCGGAGACUCGCCAGCGGCCACCGCUCGGGGCCGGCGACAGAGGCGAAUCAUCUCCUCGGCGACCUCAUCGAGGCCCUGUACAGGCCGUACGUGCACCCGAUCACGGCGGAGAACUUCACCGACGAGACGGGCGAGGUCUUCCGCACGACCGGCGAGCCGUUCUACAAGAAGAGCCUCGGCCGGCGCGUGCUGAUCCUCGACGCGGACACGCGGCCCUUCACCAACGACGGCGAGCUCCUCAGCGAGUCCGGCGUCAAGUGGCCGCACCCCGACGCCAUGUCCUCCGGCAUGCUCAGCCACUACCUCUACUCCCGCAUCCACGGCUACGACUACCAGCUGCUCCGCGUCGCGCCCGUCGCCGACUGGUCGCACACCUGGAGCAAGGUCCCCGCCAUCAAGCACGCCCUCCUCUCCCACGACCUCGUCGUCUUCCUCGAUCAGGACGCCGUCUUCCGGUACCCCGCCCUCCCGCUCGAGUGGCUCCUCAACCACUGGCAGCACGACGCCGCCACCUGCCUGCUCCUCGCCGCCGACCCGGACAAGCCCUUCAACACGGACCCGGACGGCGCGCGCUACCUCAACACGGGCUUCGUCGUCGCCCAGAACAGCACCCGCACCCACGACCUCCUCGACGCCUGGCUGCGCUGCCCGACGGGGGAGGAGUUUGAGGGGUGUCGGCGCUUCGCGUAUGAAUGGCCGCACGAGCAGGCGGCGCUGGUCAGCUUCGUGGGAAGGUACCAGUUUGCGAGGGAGGGGGAUGUGAGGGCGGUGCCGUGCGCGGAGGCGAACGGGUCGCCGUGGACGAAGGAGGAGCACGGGUGCAGGGGCGCGCUGGUGAGGCACCUGUGGAUGGAGGGCAAAGGCAGGCAGGUGGAGGAGCUGGCGGACGGGGUGCUGAGGUAUGUGAUGCCGGCGCUGUCCGGGGACUUUCGGGUGAGGCACGCGGAGGCGUUGGCAGAGGAGAUGGCCAGGGCUGGGGUGCGAGACCGCAGGAGGGAGAGCUUUACGGGUGACAGGGCCGUGGCGCCGAUUGCUAAAUGA